UCGGGCGGGAGGGGUGGCCCACCCCUCUAGGAUCUACUUACCACCAAUCGUCAGCAGUCCCAUCUCAAUCCCUAAACUCAUAUUAAAAGAUGGGUAGUAGAGGUGAUCCGCCAUAGAACAUAAUCAGAUAGUAUCCACAGAUUCAUGCAAAUAUGCUGACUCAAGUGACAAUACCAAACAUUGCCAUUGGCGAGCCACAAACGAAGCCCAAGACAACGUCCGUUGAGCCGGUUCUGACUCCAGUAGCAAACGGUAGCUGCAAAGUGGACGACAGUGUUAUUGCUGUGUUCCCUGUCCCAAACACGAAAGUUCUGCAUGCGUACAAUUAUGGCGUUUCGCAUUGGGGAAAGACUUCAAAAAUCGUUGUUGAGCUUCCCGAUGGAUCUACAGAGCAGUACUUCUUGAAAGCCGUCACUGUGGGACAGACUGGCCGACAUAUGUGCGAAGGCGAAUUCGAAUCCUUGAAAGCCAUAUAUGCGCUCUCGCCCGGCUUCGUGCCCGAACCGUACGCCUGGGGAAGGUAUAGAACCGAAGAUCCAGAGACAUACUUUAUCCUUGCCGAGUUUCGUGACAUUGGAGAACAACCAGCCGAGCCCGAUAAGCUCGCCGCUAGCCUAGCAGACAUGCACCAGCGCUCUAUCUCUCCGACAGGCAAAUUUGGCUUCCAUUUCUCGACUUGUCAUGCUCGCAUAGCACAAGCGGUUGAUCAAUGGGACGACUCGUGGUGUGCUCUUUACAGUCGGCAUCUAGGACACGUUAUGGAGCUGGCUAAACCAAUACUCCUGUGGCCAGAGUUCAAUACUGUCUGCAAAUUGACACUCGAGAAGGUUGUGCCCCGUCUGCUGUUGCCACUACAGGCCGAAGGCAGGUUUCUCAAGCCGUGUCUGAUCCAUGGCGAUUGCUGGGAUGGUAACACCGCCAUGGACAAGCGCACAGGAGAAGCCUUUGUCUUUGAUGUUUGCUCUUUCUACGGUCACAAUGAAUAUGACACUGGCAAUUGGCGAGCCCAACGGCAUCGGUUGAGCAAGAAAGCCUACAUCGAGGCAUACAAGAGACACUUCCCAGUUUCUGAACCAGAAGAAGAUUGGGAUGCGCGGAAUCUGCUCUACUCGCUUACCUUCAACAUCGGCAAUACGAUAUACAUUCCUGGCUCAAGCCAGCGUCAGGCUGUAUAUGAUGAUAUGACGACUCUGUGUAAGAUGUUCUGUCCAGACGAUUUGAAGACGGAAAUCGACGAGCUUUCUAGGACUAUGUUGAUUCACUUGGACGCUACUGCCGGCCAUUAGCAGGAAUUCGAUGACAACGAGAAAGAUCAGGAGUAAGAGCCGCUAUAGCUGAUUCAUGAAGAAUAAAAUGAGUACAAUGUGCCAGGAGAAAACGGGUCUCUGUUGGAAGUGCAUCAUCUAUGGACUUCAAUGCCAAUGCUGAAUACGCGCACCUUGUUCUUCGGGAACGAGGCGGCCGUAAUUAACAUAGAAGAUUCCUAGUAACGAAAUAAUCUAGAUGGAUCUGCGAGUUUGUAUGAUGAUGAAGAACACCUUACCCCUAGCUGUCCGAUAAAACUAGUCCAGACUAGGCUAGCCUGGUUUCACGACCAGUCGAUUGUCGCUUUUCGC